AUGCCUAAACACCCCCUCACGGCCCCCGCAAUCCCCAUAGCCCUACAAUCAAGCCACCUCCUCUCCCCACCUCCAGACCGCCUAACAAACACACCAACAACAUUGUCCAUAACGAAAGAAAGCCACACCCUGUACGUGCAUCGACUGCGCGCGCACGAACCCUCCAACAGCCCCGAGAAGCAACUCCUCUUCACGGCCCUCGACAAACAAUGGCCAACAGGCACCCGAGUCAUCUACGCCCAAAACACCCCCGUCCUCGUCCUCAGACGGGCCUGGUUCUCCGGCCUCCGGAGGUGGGGGGUCAAAUUACCUAAAGGCAAGGGAUCCGGAAGAACAGAUCUACUUGAUGCCUCAAUGCCAUGGACAGAUGGGAAUCCCAUCGCCCGUGGCUUCAGACUUGAUAUACGCUUCCGCAAUGCCCUGGCUAGUCAUCGGGGAAGAAGGGCGACGAUAUCGACCGAUCAGCCACCGCCGUAUAUUCGGGUCGAUAGUCACGCUCGUUCUAUAGAGCCCCACCUCGAUCUAGUGUGGGAUCCGAGGUCCAGACAUGAGGCUCUGCCGGGGUAUUCGGCGCGAUUGGGCGGGAGUGCGUUGCGGGAUUUACUGGAUGCGGUUGAGUCGCCUUUGGAUCCGGCGCCGGCAGCUGGGUUUGAAGCGCCUGCCAGGCGAAGUGUUGGAGUGGAGAGGGGGUCCGGGUCGACGGUCGAGCUGAGAGCGAUGCAGAUGGCAUCUGGGACGGGGGUGAUGUUGGGGAAUCAUAUGGUGAUGUAUAUCACGCGGCAUAAUGCGAUGGAUUACAGCAGAUCGAAGUCAAGAUUGAAGCCGAGGUGGGAGGUGGAGGUUGCGGAGGGUGUGGAUUUGUUACUGGCAGUGAAUGUGGUGCUGAUUAUGACAGAGGUGGAGUCGUCCAGAUGA